AACUCUCUCCGGUUUGUCAUCUUGUCAUUUUUUAGCAUUUCUAGUUUUACGUGAAUAAUUGCAAUAAAUUUGAUAUUUACAACACAUAAAAAUGCAAACCGACUACAAAUUAUCGCACAAAGCAAAGAAACGUAUCAAGGAAGUCAAAAGAAAAGCCCGACCUGAAUUAGCAGAUAAACACCAAUGGACAUCCUUAGGAUACUCUGGAAACUUUGAAGAAUUUCUAAAGUGUGAGGACAAUGUAGACAGGAUAAGUGAAAAUGAGGUGUCUCCACAGGAGUUUAUAGAGAAAUAUGAAAAAAUAUACAAGCCAGUAGUAAUAACCAGUGUGCAGACCAACUGGAAAGCAAACCACAAGUGGACUUUAGAUAGACUAGCCAAAAAAUAUCGUAACCAAAAAUUUAAAUGCGGAGAGGACAAUGAGGGUUAUAGCGUUAAGAUGAAAAUGAAGUAUUACGUAGAAUACAUGCGGACAACGACUGAUGAUAGUCCCCUUUAUAUUUUUGAUAGUAGCUUUGGAGAGCAUUUGAGAAGGAAGAAACUUCUGGAAGAUUACGAGAUUCCUAAAUAUUUUAGGGAUGAUCUCUUUAAGUAUUGUGGUGAGGAAAGGAGGCCUCCAUAUCGCUGGUUUGUGAUGGGCCCGCAGAGGUCAGGAACCGGGAUUCAUAUAGACCCUCUGGGUACAAGUGCCUGGAAUGCUCUGGUGUUUGGUCACAAAAGGUGGUGCUUAUUCCCUACACAGACACCGAGGGAACUGAUCAAAGUGACUGGCGCUAUGGGCGGGAAGCAGAGGGAUGAAGCUAUCACUUGGUUCAAACUUAUUUAUCCUAAAACACAACUAGAUUCCUGGCCAAAGGAGUUUAAACCGGUUGAAAUACUCCAAAAACCUGGUGAAACAGUAUUUGUUCCUGGUGGUUGGUGGCACGUAGUUCUCAACAUGGACGAUACGGUAGCAGUGACACAGAACUUCUGCAGCAGAACUAACUUCCCGGUGGUUUGGCACAAAACAGUGCGUGGUCGGCCAAAGCUAUCCAAAAAAUGGAUCAAAGUCCUUGAAACCAAAGAGCCAGACUUGUAUAAAAUAGCUAGUAGUAUGGAUCUCAGCCAAGGAACGGGUGUAGCUUCAGACAGCUCCUCUAACAGUAGCUCGUCCAGCAGUGACAGUGAGAGCAGUUCUUCAGAUAGCUCUAGUGAAGAUGACAGUGGACAAGAAAGCAUCUCUGCACACAAGAAAAAAAAGAGAAGGAAAAUAUGAGGAAGAAUGGCUCUAUGUUUUAGACAAAUCAUGAGUUCUAUUUUUAUUCUAAAUAAUUUGUGUGUAUUCAGUAAUGCUGCCUCUUCGUAUUAUUAGACAUAUGAACUAAUUUAAUUUUUAUAGUUGUUACCUAUCUUAGUAAAUGACAAUGAUUAUUUCUUUUGUUACUGACUAAAUUCUUUAUGAAUAAAAUAUAUCACCUGAA